AUGACCGCCAUUCCAGAAUCGGACAAUGUUGUUCGCGUCAAACUUGUCGACACGACAACUGCAAUGGUCGGCGUGGCCGAGUCCUUCGUCCAACCGGUCGUCAAGGGGCAUGAGGUCAUCAAUUUCUGCUCAUUGGCUUUCCUCCUGGAGCAUGAGAAGCUUGGUAAAAAAGCAAUGUUCGAUCUUGGAGUCCGGAAAGACUAUUGGAACCUGCCCAAGGGUGUCCAACAAGGGGUGCUGGGACCAGAUAGCGUGAUCUUUGGCAUGAGUGUGCCAAAGGGCAUUGAUGAGGUCUUGACGGAUGGGGGAGUAGAUCCAAAGUCGAUAGGAAAGAAAACAGACUACUGCAUCUGGUCUCACGCCCACUUUGAUCACCGCGGAGACGUAUCCGUCUUUCCCAAAUCAACAACAUUGGUCACGGGGCCCGGGUACUUCUCGUCGAAAGGCAGGCCCGGGGGGAGAGAUGAUCCACAGGCGGCAGCAGAGUUUGAAGGCCGGCCGCUCGAGGAAGCCAACUUUGACAAAGACCUGAUGGUAGGCAAGUUCAAAGCCCAGGAUUUCUUCGGCGACGGUUCUUUCUACCUGCUCGAGGCUCCCGGGCAUCAGCCGGAGCAUAUAUGCGCUCUCGCCCGGACGACGCCGUCUUCGUCCCCCGAGGGAGCCACGUUUAUGUUUCUGGGCGGCGACAUUUGCCAUUUCGCAGGUGUGUUCCGGCCGUCCGAGGAGACUCCGCUCCCGGAUGGCAUUCCCGCUUCGGCCAUUGCUUUACGUAGAGACUGGGCGUCCAAGGCCGUGUGCCCAUGCUCCCACUUUACCCCUCACCAUCCCAACGCGUCCGAUGAGAAAUUGGGGCGAAUCACGCCAUGGUACGAGCUACCUCGUGGAGGGAAGCAUCCUGUCUACACAGAUAUCGAUCUGGCCACAGAGUCGGUUGCAAAGAUGCGGGAGUUGGAUAUCAAGGACAACGUAAUGGUUUGCAUCGCCCACGACGCGAGUUUGCUGGACGUGUUGCCGGUGUUCAACAGGCAGCCAGAUAAGGACAUUAAUGAUUGGAAGACGAAUGGUUGGAAGGCGACGACUUACUGGAGCUGGUUGAACGAAGUGUCUGUGGACGGUAAGACGCCACAUCCUCCGGUCGUGGAGGGCUUUUGGAGGGACGGCAAGAAGUGGGACUAUGCGGCAUACCUGGAGACUCUCAAUUGA